GCGGACGGAGGGACGGCCGGACCGACGGACGGCGGCGCCCGGGCGGUGACUGCGCGUCCGUCCGGCCGCAUCAGGAAACCCAACACCGGCGCGGGGGGGACAAAGGCUGCGCUGUCCCCUCCUGCGGCGCGGGUAUAAAACCUCCCGAAAACUCCCCAAAGCUCCCAAAAUCCCUCGAAACCUCCCGGGGGCCACCACCUGCCCGCAGCGAGGGCCCCGGUGCCAUGGCCGCGGCCGAACCGACCGAGGGGACCGAACCGAGCGAGCUGACCGAGCUGGAGGCGGCCAUCGAGCGCAUCGUCACCGUGUUUGUCACCUUCGCCGCCAAGGAGGGCAAGAAGGGGACGCUGACCACCGGCGAGUUCAAGGAGCUGGUGCGGCUCCAGCUGCCCAACAUGAUGAAGGACGUGCCCUCCCUGGAGGAGAAGAUGAGCGAGCUGGACGUGAACAACGACGAGGAGCUGAGAUUUGGGGAGUACUGGCGGCUGAUCGGGGAGCUGGCCAAGGCCGUGCGCAGGGACAAAGCGGGCAAGAAGUGACGGGGCCGCUCGAAUAAAGAGGUUUCCCUGA